AUGACGACAAAUGCUUCCAAAUCUCCUUUACCACAAUUUGUUUGUCAAGUAUGUGGUAAUUUUCUACAACAAGAUUCAUCAUUAGACACAAUCGAUGACCAAAUGACUAAACCAAUUGCAUCUAGUACAACAAUUUGUGAUGAAUCUUAUAAUGAACUACAACAAGGCGGUUCCGAUGGUACUAUCGUUAUUCGUAAAACAUUAGGUCGAAAACGAUUAUCGCAGAGUAGUCUUGAUAGUACAAAUGGUUUUGCAUUUGUUGCUCAUGAUUUAAAUAAAGAUUUAGAACAAAAAUCUAUGCGUGAAUAUCGAAAUGAUAUUAAUAUACAUGAAAGAUUAUAUGAUUUUCUUUCUGAACAAUAUACAUUUGAUCAUCCUCUAUGUCAAGAAUGUACAGACACACUUUUGGAUAAACUUGAUGUUGAUUUACAAAUGGCAACACAUGAAUUAACAAGUUAUAAAAAAUUACUUGAACAACUUAAUUCAUCAACAAAUGUUCCACAAGAAAAUUAUGAAAAAUUAAAGCAAGAAUUAAUUGAAUUAGAUGAAGAAGAAAAACGAAUAAAAGAUGAAUUAUUAAAAUUGGAACAAGAAAAUGAACGAUUACAAAAUGAAUCAGCACAGUUAAAAAAAGAAGAACAAUCAUUAGAAGAAGAAGAAACUAGAUAUUUACGUGAUUAUAAUGAACAAAAACGUUUAUUAUUCGAAGCUGAAGAUGAACAGAAAAGUAUUGAUAAUCAAACAAAACAUGCUCGUGCUCAAUACGAAAAAUUGAGUAAAACAAAUGCUUUCAACGCUGCAUUUCAUAUAUGGCACCAAGAACAUUUCGGCACAAUAAAUGGUUUUCGACUUGGUCGUUUACCUAGCAUUACUGUUGAAUGGUCAGAAAUCAAUGCUGGUCUUGGCCAAGCUGCUUUAUUACUUAAUUCGUUAGCUAAACGAAUUGAUCUCCAAUUUGCCAAAUAUACAAUUGUUCCAUUAGGAAGUCAUUCUUAUAUAGAAGAUUUAAAUGAACGCAAAAACGGAAAAUUUGUACAAUUACCACUUUAUACAGGUCGACGACAUCUUACUUGGGAUAAUCAAUUUAAUAAAGCAUUGAUUGCAUUUCUUGAUUGUGUUAAUCAAUUUAAAUUAGCAAUUGAAUCCAAGAAUCAACGUUUUUGUUUACCAUAUAAAAUGAACGAAAAAAAGAAAGGUGUUAUUACUGAUAGUAAUGGAUAUCAAUUUCAUGUCAGUUAUCAAGAUAGUUCACAAGAAGAGUGGACAAAAGCAUUAAAGUAUAUGUUAACUAAUUUAAAAUGGGGUUUAACUUGGAUAACGAGUCAAUUACCUGACGAUAUGACAACAUCGAAUGCAAUACCAUCUUCAUCGUCUCCAACAGUUACAUCACCUAGAUAG